UGCAGGUUUGGUGCUGCUGUCACUGCUGCUGUUGCUAUCGGCACUAGAGGACAGGGAGUGACUGGGCAUUGGUCAUGCUGAGGGAGUUGACUUUGGCGGCGAGCUGCGUCCAGAGUAAACAGCCCGCGCGGUCCAGCACCAGCGGCUAGUCCAGAAAUGCCCACAGUGGACGUGCCUGGCGCACGAUUGGACAUGCAACUGUUGGGGAAGCUGACGCUGUCCGUGGCCACUGUAUUAUUCAUCUCCUGGGCGUACCGAUUCUACAGUUCCAGGGGUCGGCGCCAGGGUCAGGUUCAGCAGAAUGGAGCUGUCGCCGGCACACCGCCACCACCAUCAUCUUCAUCAUCACCACCACCACCACCACCACCACCAUCAUCGCCAUCACCAUCAUCAUUAAUCAAUAACCAUGCCUCCGGCUCGGCCCCGAAGAGAUGCAGCAGCUGUAGGAUGGAGCUGCGCCCUCGCGGUAAAGUGACACCGGAGACCACUGCAGGAGAUGGCUGCUCGGGGCGCCAGGUGUUGAAAAUCUCUGUGUGCUCAGCGGCCACACCUGAUAGAGGUGACGCACACAGGGGUGAACUCCCCAACAGAGCCCCAGACUUCGCUGCAGUUCAACAGAUCAUGACGACAGCAGCAUCAGUGUCAGAGGAGAGAGGCCGGGGCACCAGAGAGGAGUGCAGCUCAGUUAUGGGCGAAGCAGAAAAGACAGCGGAGGCUAAUAAGCUGGCCACGACCCUGUCACCUCCAUCUGUGGCUAAGAAUGGUUCAGCAAGCCCCACCAGGCGCCUGUCCCCGUGCCCAGCAAGUCCAACUGGACGCCUGUCUCCGUGCCCAGCAAGUCCAACUGGACGCCUGUCUCCCUGCCCAGCAAGUCCAGCUGGACGCCUGUCACCGUGCCCGACCAGCCCCAGCGGGCGUCGGUCCCCGUGCCUGCUGAAGAAGUUGGAUGGCGCUGUGGAAGUAGGCCGGGAGCUCAUACAAGAUCUGAACCACAAGGGCAACUUCUCCAGUUUCCAGUCCAAGGCGGAGGUCAAAGUGGAGGAGGCCAACCUUGUGCUGGAGGGCCCACGAGAGGGGAACGUUGUGCGCGGAAAGAUCUACGAUUAUUAUGUUGAGUCCUCAUCCCAUUCGAUUUCGGAUAUAAACUCCCCCCGCAGCCCCACAAGUAUCCAUUAUGAUAGCGGGGCUAGGCUGCAGCCACAUCCAAUAACGCUAGUCACUCGACAUAGCAACAGCAGCAACAGUAAUGAAUUUCCUCGCACGCCGAGCCCCAUCAGUCCCCCUAUGAUCAUACGAGAUCUGGUGUUCACCCAGGGGUCGGUGGAUGCUGGCCAGUCUCCCAGCAGCCCCAGACCGUCUCCCCACAGCCAGCCUCAGAGGGGGCUAAUACGGAAGGACAGCUACCUGAUGGCAGCUGCUAACCUCGAGCUCCAGUCUCCCUGCCUGACAGUGAAAGCCUCUGAUCCGCCACACAGCCACUCUCCAGCUCCGCUAUCUGCAGACAUCCCUUCCAGCUCCAUCAGCCUGACGGCACCUGACAAAGACACCUUGGGCCCCGGAGAGUUUGCGGACGAGCCGAGCUUGGAGACGGUUGCUGGGGCCAAAUUUGUACACAUCCCCCUGGAGAGCCUGGCCAGUGCAGAUUGGGAAAGUCUGACGGGGAAACUCGAUUUAGGCAACUGCUUGGAGGCCCUCAGCCUGGCCAAGAAGCACGGCCACUCGGCUCUACAGCAGGCGUCUCUCCGAGUCAUGUCUGACAACUACCUCCAGGUCCUCAGGGACCCAGGCCUGUAUGGUAGGCUGAGAGCCGGGGACCGGGAACAGAUCCAGCGACUGCGGAUAAGAGGCAGGCGAUGUCUCAUGGUGGCCGACAUGGAGUCGCCCGACUGGUCCAGACGGUCCUCGACACAGACAAAGGAGAGUCCCCAGAUGUCUGGCAGGCUGUAUUACUACGAUGACUACAAAGACACCUGGCACCACCAGUGCGACAUCCCACCAGAGGUCGUCUCUGUCGGAUCAGCCAUGUGCACCAUGGACAACUAUCUGUUCGUGGCGGUCGGCUGCCAGGGUUCCGACCGCGCCAUGGUGCCUUCCAGGAAAGUGUUCUGCUUCAACCCCGUGACCUCCAUUUGGAGUGAAAUAUGUCCUAUGAACGAGGCCAGGCCCCACUGCAAGCUGGUUGCUCUUCAAGGCCACGUCUACGCCAUUGGGGGCGAGUGCCUGUCGACUGUGGAGCGCUACGAUCCGCGUGCCGACAGAUGGUCGUUCGUCGCUCCGCUGCCCAAUGACACAUUCGCUGUCGCUCACCACGCCACAGCGUGCAACGGCGAGCUUUUCGUGUCAGGGGGCACAUUGAGGUAUACCCUCCUGCGCUACAACCCCAAGUCAAACAUUUGGAGGAAGGGCCUGAUCAUGGGCAACAAAGAAAGGACCACCGAGAUGGUGGCAGUGAGGAGCUUCCUGUACCGCUUUGACGUGAACCCUACAUUCGGCAUCAACGUGUACCGCUACCACGCCGUGGCCCGGCUGUGGUACGAGUGCUGCACUAAGCGUUUUCCACACUGCCCUGCCUUCCAGUGCGUCACCAUGGGUGACGUAAUCUACUGUGUGAGCCGGCAGUUCACCAUGAGGUUCCUGGCCGACGAGGUCUCACCCAGCUUCGUCGCCGAAGACCUAAGCGUCCCCACAAACGCCAAAGGCAUCCUGUUCCCCUUCGUCCUGGCUCUACCCGAUAAGCACACCCUUCAGACCAGCGUUUGAUUCACAGCAGCAACGCUCACCCAUACAGGGACCAACACACUUGAAAACUUUGUUUCUUUCUGUGUGCAAAGACGCAUUAGGCCAAGUGGGAAUGCAUUAUGUCGGGGUAGGAGCAUUGCUGAAGGUAAUUAUAGAGCAACCUUGUCAGAUUCUUGCAGUACACUGUGCCAGGAGAAAAUUGACCCCGUAUCAAGGAGAGCGAUUUGUUUAUCGGACUUUCUAUUCACACAGCGAUUUACGGCAGCCUCUAAAUCUUCCUAAUAUCGGGUUCCUCUUUCAGUGGUAACUUACAAAUACUUUGGAGCUCUAAUGCAAACAUAACAAUUAAUCAGACUGCUAGGCAAAUAUAUGGUGCAAAUAUAAACACAAGGGCAGUAAAGAUGCCAUACCAUCAGGGGUUAUUAGCACAGUUAUCCAUUUAAGCUCAUAAAUGUCCUCUAAAAUCUCUCUCAUUUUCACUCUCUCAUAGUGUACACUAUACUUUAGCGUUCACUUUGCUAAAAGCAAAAAUAAUAAUAAUUAGUCUGUAAAUGAAUUAGAGAUGUGGAAAUGUAUCCACAUCUGUACAGAAAUACAAUAACAUUAUCUUUUGCAAUGCUUGCAGGCAAAUCCUGACUGUUGUGAUUCAACCUCUGAUCUACUUUCUGACUUUACAAGCACUAAAUCACUUGCUAAGGCUCUUGCUAACUUGUUGCUGUUGAAAAGGUGAGAGUGCUAAUCAAAUGGCUGUUCCCUACAGCAGCUCUUUUACCCUUUACAUUCUGGACAUGUGUGUAACUCUCCAGCCAUUAACAGCCAGGCACUCUGAAAUAUUGAUGUCUUUUUCUUCCAUACAUCCCAGUUGUUUCCAUUUCUUAUGUAUAGACCCUACACAAAAGCCCUGUCAGAGAAACAAAGAUAUCCUAUGCAUGCUGUAAUUAUAUUACUUGUGACUGAAGGAGAGGAAUGAAUGUUUGUCAUUGCCUGGACACUUGUGCAUUUUUGCUGUGCAUGUACACUAUCCAUUUUGAUCAUUUCGAUUAUUUAUUUAUUUGUUGUUAGUUUAAAGUACAUACUUCUCACAAAAGCAAACUGAGACCAGAAAAGGACUAUCCGUUUAUAAUUAGAUUUUGUAUGAAUGUAGCUCUGCAUUUAUUGAAUAUGCAGUUUAUCAUUUCACUGGUUUGAUGAAUAUCUGACCUUUAAACAUGUUAUUGACUGCUACACUACACGGAAGAGAAAAACAAUCAGCAAAAACUGAUAUAAACUGCUGCCAGGUGUACAGAUAUCACCGGCCUCUGACGUCGACUCCAGAGAGAUGUGUUGCUUUGGUGCCCUCAUGUGGCUGUCUAUGGACUAGGCUAGGGUGAUAUGGUGACAGAACUGUUGCUGCAGUUGGUGAGAACAACAAGAACACAGAGAGAGUGAGGCAGAGACAGGAAGAUAUACAAAGAUAGACAGAGAGAGGAAGAGAUUUGGACAGAAAGAGAGAGACAGGGAGAAAAGGUGAGAGAGGUAGAGAGAGGGGGGGAAGGAAAAGAGAGUAAGACAGGGAGAAAAAGAGAUACAGAGGGGAUGGAGAGGAGAACGUGGAGGAAGAGUGGGAGAGAAAUAGAGGAAGACUAAUCACAGUGUUUGAAUGGUAUAAUGACCAGCAGGGACACAUGCAGAGAGCCUCACCAGUGAUGCCAAACAGUGGGGAAGUCUGCCACAGAUGGCUGACCAUCAAACUCCAGCGUCUUUGAUUCUUCCUAAUUAAACACUUUCAUUCCCUGUAAUUAAACACCUAAUAGGAUGGGAGCUGGAUGGUUCCCCUCAGACUUUUGACCAUAAAAUGACUAACGGUUUCUGAUAGGUAUCAGAGCUGUUGUCAAACAGCCUCGCCUCUCUCUCUCAGAGGGCACCAUUGUGUGGUAAUGGAUGUGGCAAUGAAACAUUCGGCAGGGGAAAAUAAAUGCUACGAGUAAUUGCACAAUAAAUCUGAAUAUUCCA